ACUCAAAACAACCCUCACCAAUUAAGCAAUAUAGCACUAUAAGUGUGUAGUACUAUGUGAUUGUAGGUUACAAAUCAAUGGAGCAAUACAAGAAUUCAGGUUCGUUAUUCUUAUUUCUUCUACUGUUCCUAUCUUUCUGUGGGUUCUUUUCUGCAGACUCUGUUCAAGCAGAUAAUUAUAUAUCUGCUGUGGGUGACUCUGGGAUGAGAAGGGAUAGUCUGAGAGUGGCAAUUGAGGCUUGGAACCAAUGCAAUGAGGUCGGAGAAGAAGCUCCCAACAUGGGCAGUCCAAGGGCUGCUGACUGCUUUGACAUCUACAAAGCUUUACCACAGGUAGGGAAGGACUGCAACAUUUGCAAUAUGAUCCCUUAUAUGUUGGUUCAUAGGGUCAUAGAGGAAGACAACAAGCUAGGAGUUGGGGACCCUUUUCUUGGGUUGGAUCAAAAGGCCUUAACCAAUGUGGACCUUUAUGCUGCUGAGAAAGAACUGUAUUUGGGUUCCAAAUGUCAAGUUGAUGACACCCCAAAUCCAUGGCAAUUCUGGAUGAUUAUGCUCAAGAGUGGUAAUAUGGACACAUAUGCUGCAUUGUGUCCAAAGAAUGGCAAGAAGGUUGGACCUUAUGGUCCAGAUCCUGGGUUCCCAUGUUUUGGUAACGGGUGUAUGAAUCAACCAUUGAUCUUCCACAAUUACACAACCUUGCAAGGACCCAAUAUGACUACUCUAAGAGGAAGCUUUUGCGGGACUUGGGAUUUGGAUUUCAGCAAAGGAAUGGUAGGAAACAUUUCUUACUAUUCAGUGACUUGGGAGAAAGAAGUAGGAAAAGGAGCUUGGGUUUUCCAUCAUGUACUAAGGACAUCAAAGAAGUACCCAUGGUUGAUGCUCUACUUAAGGUCAGACGCGACGACAGGAUUUUCUGGUGGCUAUCACUAUCCCACGAGAGGGAUGUCGAAGCUCAUUCCAGAGUCACCAAAUUUUAAGGUGAAAUUCACAUUGAAUGUCAUACAAGGAGGAGGUCCUAAGAGCCAAUUCUACCUAAUGGACAUGGGGAGUUGCUGGAAGAACAAUGGCCAGCCUUGCAAUGGCGAUGUAACAACCGAUGUUACCCGUUAUAGUGAGAUGAUCAUUAAUCCUAGCGCAAGUUCAUGGUGCAGUCCCACCAACCUUAAGGCCUGUCCUCCAUAUCACACCUUCCCCAACGGUACGCGAAUUCAUCGUAAUGACACUGCUAACUACCCAUAUGAAGCCUACCAUUUUUACUGCUCUCCGGGCAAUGGCGACCACCUUGAGGCGCCUUACACAUUGUGUGAUCCAUUUAGCAAUCCACAACCACAAGAGAUACUGCAAAUACUACCACAUCCAGUAUGGGGAGACUAUGGAUACCCAACCAAGCAAGGUGAGGGAUGGAUUGGGGAUCCAAGGACUUGGGAACUUGAUGUUGGGAGAUUAUCACAAUCCCUCUAUUUCUACCAGGAUCCAGGGACACCACCAGCAAAGAGAAAAUGGAGCUCUAUUGAUUUAGGAACUGAGAUAUAUAUCAAUGCCAAUCAAGUUGCUGAAUGGACUGUUAGUGACUUUGACAUUAUUGUUCCCAAACAAUGAGAUAAGGGGCAAUUUUAGCUUCAAGCCAAAAAGGGAUUUUUGUGUUACUCCCUGGUGUAA